AUGCGCACAUUUGAAGUCGAAGGCCUCUACAUGAAGGUACACGGAAUAUUACCAUCCUUUCCUGUUGCCGUCAUGUCAGCCUGCUGGCCUCCAUCGGAAGCAAACGACUUCGGCAUGACCACAUUGUCCCUUGGCAACUGGAGGGGAGCAUCGACUCGCACCCCGACUCGGUGCAGCCGCAAAGCCGGCUACAAAUGGAUUGAUUUGUUUGAUGAGUGCUGGGCCGCCUAA